CCGAUAUAAUUUUGUGAAUGUAAACAAAGUAGUUUCAAUUAAUAUUAUAUAGAAGUAUACAUUAUAAUACACUUAACUUAAUUAUGAUUAUAAAACAUAGUUAAUUUGCCUGAAACAUGUACGAUGGAAGACGUAAUCGAUGCAAGUAUAAUAAAAGCUACGCAAGUGUCUUUAGGGAAAUAUGUUAAACGGCCACCACUAAACGACAAAUUGUUAAAGAAGCCACCAUUCAGAUUUCUACAUGAUAUUAUUACAACAGUGUUGAAAAGUACAGGGUUUUUUAAGGGUUUGUUUGAAGAUGAAGAAUUAAUAUCUGAUAACGUAAAAGAUAGAGAAAGUAAAAUUCAAUUUCUCACUAAAGUUAUAUCGGUUGUAGGCACAACCACUGGAAAAAUCUUGAAUGUUAAACCCUCUAAAAUAGUAGCUGGUCAAGAGCCUGACAAAACAAAUGAAUUAUUACAGUGCCUCGCGUUUGCCCUAGAUAAUAAACUUUCUUCAGAUGAAGCUGUAAAACUAUACAAAGAAAGAGGCAAUCCAACUAUUCCGAAUGAAAAAAAAGUUAAAGAUGCACCUAAACUAGUUAAAAAGGGUGUAAAUACAAAAAAAAUAUCAUCAAAAAGUACUGACAAGUUAGUCAAAUCUGAUAAAAAUCCGAAUAAAACGAACUUAAGAGAAAAUACUGUAGUAAAAAAAGAGUCUCCUCCCAAAAAAACAUCACAAUCGUCUAAAAUAAUAAGUAAAAGAGGUCUAGAAAAAGAAAAACAAGAAAUUAAAAGUGAGACGUCAUCAUUAAAUAAAAAUAAUAUCUCUAAUGCGAUCGAAUUAGCAGAUUCCGCGCUUGUUUCCGGUGAUACCGAUUCAAAUAUUCCUAUUCCUAAUUUAGAAAUAUCUCAAGAAAAUGAAAGCUCUUUAUUAUCAAACUCAAAUAUAGAAAACACAAAAGAUAUCGAUGGCGAAACUCGUAGUUUAGUGGACGAAGAUGUAACAAUUUCAAAAGAUAUAGUAAAAGUUGGAUCUCUUGGAGACAAAAGUAACGAAAUUGAAAAUGCUGAAAUUAAUAAGUAUGAAUUCCAUGAACGAUUAUCAAACAAUCAUGAAAAUGAAGUUUUAAAUAAUGACUUGAAUAAAAAUACUUCACUUGAAUCUAAUGCAACUAUCAAUAACGAAAACAUACACAAACAGGAAAAUUUAAGUUCAAGCCUGGUGGAAUCUGUGGUUAAAGCAUCUGAAUCAAAAGUUGUGGAUAUUCCGCAUGGAAAAGGACCAGACAGUGUAAGACGACCUUCUUCUUCGAGACCAGGUGCACCAAGAUUUCGAGAUAAAAAUGAAAUUAUUUUGUCAACCGUAGAUAAUCUUGUUGUUGGUAAAGUAAAUAUUAUCGUUGAAAAUACAACUAACGAAGAGGAAGAAGAAUCUAGUAUCGUCAUUGUAGAAAACACAGACACCUUAGCGAAUUCUCAAGACCAGGAUGAUCAAUUGCAAAUAUCUUCAAAUGAGCAUGGUCACCUCGUACAACAAAUAUUAAACGCACAAAAAGAGUUUUCUGAAGUCAACGGCAAGACUAAUAUUGAGUGGCAGUUCGGAGCACAAAAAGCUAAAGACGUUGUUAAUAAGGAAAUAGAACAAUUAAGGUUUAAUGUGCAAGCUUUAUCGCGUGUCGCAAACCCUUUAGGGAAAUUGCUGGAUCACAUUCAGGAAGAUGUUGAAAUUAUGCGCCAAGAACUCCAACAAUGGACUAAAACUUUUGAAGAGGCUUCAAAACAAUUGCUGAAACAAAAAACCACAAAUGAGGAAUCCUUACUUCCCCUCCACUCAAAAGUAAAGCACUUGGAAGCGGAUAUAGCGGAGAAAUAUGACAAAAUUAAUGAUCUUAAGAUGGUCAUACACAAAAAUACAUUAAGAAUCGAAAAGUUGUUAGCUAGCGGGAACGUGCAAUAAUAUUACUGUUUCUUUUGCUUA